GACUGUCAGAGGGGGGAAACUUUUUAUCCAUCAUGACUGCAAGAAUCCAGGGAGCAGCGGGCCGCGACAAACCAGCACCAAAGAGCGGAGCAACAGAAAUGACGGUGAGGGUCAGGAGAGCUCUGUGGCUGGUGCUGGGCAUGCUCAGUCUGUCCCUGCUGCUGGUGGUGCUGGGAGUCUACAUAACCACCCGAACAGAGAGCCUGAAUGUGACCGGCUACACCUCAGGAGUUAUUCUGACCCUUGGAUCGUUCCUAGGACUUCUGGGACUCUGCCUGGAGGAAAACCGCAAGCAGCUGCUGACGGCUGCGAUCGUCUUCCUCAGUUUUGGGAUCAUCACCUCUUUUCUGUGCCUGGUGAUCGAUGGCGCCUGUAUUGUCUUAAACAUGGACAUGCGUCCACUGAAAGCAGAGAGAUGCCAGUAUUACAGCAGCAACAGCUACAUCUAUGAGAAUUUCUACACCUCUGUGUCGUGUUGGAAUCUGAAGGAGUCUUGUACCAUGACAGUACGAAGUGGGACCUGCUACUGCUGCGACCUGUACGACUGCGCCAAUGGAGGCUACCUCAGCAACUACUACGAGUUUGUUGGAGUACAAAGCUGCGAGGAAGUUUUCACUCUCUACAUUUUAAUCUGGACCCUCUCUGGCCUGAACCUUGUGGCGCUUUUCGCAGGGAUACUGACCAUGGCUGUGCUCGGCAGCAUCAAGGACUUGAGGAGUAGCAGCCCUGUGACUGAGCCCUCUGAGAGCAAAGCACCUUCCCCUACAGCUCCUCUGCUGAUGGAUGCCAACACACACACUGUUCCCCAGCUCCACCCAGUCAGUGGAACCUCGAUGUAUUUCCCUCGAGCAGAAAUGACAGCUGCCUCGCAGAAUUUUCCUUAGUCGUCAACUCCUCGCUCAGAGUCCAGUCCUUCUCCCGUCACCCCGCUGACCAGCAUGCUGCCUCUCUGGCCUCUCUGCCUGAACUCCAUCAGCAGCUUUUCAUCAGAAAAUGACCAAAUACCACAUCCAGAAAGGGGACAAACAGAUGCUUCAUUAUUUUUAUUAUUGUUAUUAUUAUUAUGGUUAUCAUUAACCUUUGUCAGUGUUGUAAGGAAGGGAAGCUGGAACGACUACAAGGAAGAUAUGCUGGUCUGAAUAUUAUGCAGAAAUAUAAAGAUUCUGUUUCCAAAACAUCGAAAAGCAGACGGGGUAAGUUUCAUGGAAAGUGCCUCAUGCUAUUUUCAACUGUAUGCUAAGUGUAUAUCAUAUGUUACUGAUAUUUUGAGAGGAGACAGUAUAUUGUCACAUAACAUAAAUACUGUGAUCUUUGUUUAGUGAACAGGUAGAGCAUGAUGUAGAUGGACCAUCAACAUUAAUCCUGUAACUUGCUCACUCCUCCUGAAAGCAAUACUAAAGUUAGCCGAGUGAAAAUAACUUUAAUGUUACCUCCAUAUCCACAGCACUUCAUUGUUACAUUAGCUUACCUUUUUAUAACAGUCGAUGUGCUGCCAGCAUGUUUUUGUAGUUCGUCUCAGCUGUUUUGUGGCGCCUCUUGCCUAAUUCUCAGUAGGAUUGUAGGUAGUAGUGCAACAGCUCAAGCAGGUAACUCAUCCUCUGAACAAGAGAUAAUUGGGCAGCAGAGGAAACUGUUUUACUAAUUAGGAGCUACAGUGUGUGAUUCCACAGAUGCAGGCUGCUAAAUGAGACUUUACAUUAAAACUUGUGAAUUUGUCUGUGUUUUAUGUUAUUGCUUAGUUUUAUUACAUUGGCAAAAACUGUUCUCGUUUCCAAGGUUACUUUUCUGUAGUUUUAGUUUUGUUUUUAUUGUGAAAAACAGAUAUAUUCUUUGUUAUACUUUCCACUGACAAAAUUAAUACUGGUCGUGGGUAACAGUAUUAGGCUGGUGACUUGAUGAUUGAGCGGAUCAUUCAGUCACCAAAGAGAUAAACGGAGUGUGCUGCCACUUAACUGAA